CUAGAGAUGCGUCUUUGCUAUGUUCUCUUACAGAUUUCCAUUGCAGCAGCUCAGCAUGAAUUCACGGUGCAUGCAACGUGGAAAUCAUAUCACAAUCCUAACAUUCCCAUUCGCUUUACUCUCCAACUGCCAACCGCCUCUCCAUCAUCACGAGCACUAGCCAACAAAGUCUACUUCAGAAUCUGCAACAGAGAUGCGUCGUUGACUUGGACGAGAUGCGACAACCGAUCAGAGGACGAGCAGACUCCUGUAUGUCAACAGAUUGGAAACUGUGGAUUGGCUUGUGUGACAUCAGCAUCAUACUGCAACAUAACUUUUCCAACCAUCGACACUUGGUAUAUGCUACAACUACAUGUAGACACUAUUGCAUCCAAAUGGACUCCAGUGUGUGACCCCGAUGGACUGCUAAACCUACAGACCACCAGCGGUCCCACAACAGCUAGAGUUCCGAGCAACAGACCAAACAGACCAUCCACAUCGGACACAUCCACAUCGACUAUCAAUCUGGAAAUAUGGCAAAUAGCAUUAGUUGCAGUCGGAGGAGUCAUACUAAUUACGAUUAUUAUCAUACUCCUCGUAUGCUGUGGAUGCUUUCGAAGAAAUUCGAAGACAUACGAGGUGCAAAAUCGUCUAUCAUCGAACUUACUGAGACACGAACCGGUCACAUCUAGAAAUACGGUUCACAGCAGCAGGUUGUCGUUGAGAUCUAAAGGGGUGAAUAACGCGAGUAAACGGUUUUGGAGACAAGAAGAAAAUAAUGUGGAAAUUCGGCCUGAUAUCGACAUUGUGCCCGUCUACAAUAAUCCACUGAAUGCGUUUGUCACAGGCACAACCAACAGAAUUCCGCUUACUAACAGAAACACACACAAACACUCAGGAGUUCCAGCCAGUGGUGACGUCAUUUUUCAUCCAGUUGGGGAAGAAACCAAUUACGAACAAACAUUCUCAUCAUUUGUCGCCACAACAGAUCACGUGGUCAGUGUCCACACACAUGCACAAAGCAAUCCGAAAUCAUUUUCUCAGGCUGUCGGCUUGGGCAGACGUGAUGUGAUUGGUCAACAGGAUGCAACAGAGUUGGAAGUCACUUCACACUCUGAGACAUCCGAGGACAGUGUAGAACUCGAAACUCCUUCAAAUAUAAGCAUGACCACCAGCCUCUAACUGCAAGACAUUAGUGUCUUGUAUUUCUACUAAUACUUAGGUAUACAUGUAUCAUACAUGCAUGCAUACACGUAUUGUGUGCAUAUGUCGACUGACAGGUACUCUACUGUGCCAGCCAGUUACUAAUUUUAGAGUACUGUACUGUACAUACUCGACUUAAUGCUGAAAUGUGGCGCGUGCGCAAAACAAAUACGUAAAUUUUUAAAGCGCAUGCGUAAAACAAAGUAUGCAUUUUAUGACGCAUGCGCAAAUAGAUAAAUUGACACGUGAUUUGGAUGU